UCCCCUGCACAUUUUGUGGUUGUACGCUGAUGGUCCUUCUGUGCUGUGGUGUCUUUCAGCCAGCUGAUGUGAGAGGCUGUUGGUUUGGGCAGUUGUCGCCCUGCAGCCGGAUGAACCAUGGGGAACGAGAACAGCACAACUGAGGUGUUGCCAGAAGAGGGCGCUCCAGAAAAUUUUGUUCUGUUUCCACCUCAGGAAAAUGAGAAUGACUCCUUGAAGUCUGAAGCUUACACCGAGAGUUUGACCCAGGGGGACGACAGAGCGCACCUGACUGAACCCAUCAGCCAGCAGAGUCUGCUGUCUCUACCAUUGCUCCCAGAAGUUCCAGUCAUCACUGGAGUGGAGGAGAGCAGAAGUGAAGCUGGAGACCAGGAGGACAAAGAGGAGCUUGAGUUUCCUCAUGACCUGCUGCCCAGUCUAGACUUCAGCAGUGAGCUCAACAUCUGGGAAUCUUCGCUGGGACCCCUCCCAUCUCUGGAGUCUCCUCAACAAGAGUUUCUUACUCCGUCUGAGGAGAUAGAUGCUCCACUGAGAGAGGACGAGAUCCCACAGUCUGAACAAACAGCAGAGGAGACAACAGAUAUCCCACCUCUAGAUGUUGUGAGGAAGCCAGUGGAUCUCCCUGAACCCACCAAAAAGACAGAAGAGCUCUACGAACCGACAAAGACGACAACAGUAGAGCUCUUAGAAGCAAAGAAAGUCGACCUCUCUGAACCAACCAGGAAAGAAGAUGAUCUCCCAGAGGAGCUUCCACAACCAAAAGAGGAUCAGGUAAUUACAGAGCACCCAACUGAGCUCUUAAAAACAGCAAAUAGCACAGAAGAACUCAGAGAACCAAUCAAGAAGGAAGAGGAGUCGCCUGAACUAACAAAACAUGAAGAGGAGGUAACAGAACCAACAAAGAAGACAGCAGAGCACCUAGAACCAGAGAAGAGGGCGAUCAGUGACCCGCCUGAAGAGGUAGUGGAAAAACCUGUGGAGUGCCCAUCUGAGGAGUCAUUUAAAGUUCCAGCUGCAGCGGCUGAAUCAGUCCAGGAUCCUGCUGAGGAGCUACAGGACAGUUGGCCCUCCCUCACUGAACAGGCAGAGAGACGUGACCGUGCCCCUGCCUCCCCUCCUACUUCCCCCAGACCCCACCUCCCGCCUGCCCUCCUUCCUCACCUCAGCGAUACUGCAGAGUUCCCCACUCCUCCUCCCACACCCCCAGAAAGGCAAGCUCCUGAAGCUCUACCAACCCCACCUGCAUCCCCCUGCCUUCCUCCACCUCCUUCUCCUCCUCCUCCAGCCCCUGCCUCCCCUCCUGCACCUUCUGUUCACCAGAGUGAGGACCCCUGCCUUGCCUCUGCACCCUGCCACCCUCCUUUAAGGAGCUCAGACUCUGAUGGAGCGUUUGAGACCCCUGAAUCCACAACCCCAGUGAAGGCUGUUUCACCGACAGAUCCCCAGAUCCCACAACUAACAUCCAAUGACAUAGAAGCAAACACCUCUGUCAGUGACCCUGCCUCUGAGUUCACUUCAGCUGACCGACCCUGCCGUUCCCCAUCUAUUGUUUUUGAUGAGAACAAGCCGAUUGCAGCCAGUGGCACAUACAACAUUGAACCUUUUCCCCCUGAUUCAACAAGUCACACUCUGACCCGUUCCCUCAGCCUUCAGGGAGGAGAACUAGACAGUCCUGGUCUGUUGGAAGGAUCUGCAGCAGGAGGCUUCCGUCCACAUUCUGAAUCCUUCAGUGUCGGCACUGAGAGUGCCCCAGGGACACUCCGCAGACCCAAAAAAGUCCGUCCUGGGUCUGUGAAGAAGAAGCCACUUCUCAGACAGAACUCUAACCCGGAGAGUCCAGCCUCAUCCAGCAGUACCCCAGAGAUCAAGAAGCAGGCAAAGCCUCGAACUUCCAGUCCUCUGCAGGUGCAGGAGGAAGCAGAAGGAGGCUCUGCAACCCCGAGCCCUGGAGGAACCCUUCGAAGGACCAGGAAGACCCGUGUAGAGACUCCUCCUCCUCUGCCAGAAGAGACCAAUCAUACCAGCCAAGAGGAGAGCCUUGCUGUCCCAGCCUUACCCUUGUGCCAGGAGGAAACCCCUCUCCCUGGUAGUCCAACGGGCAAAGACGUCUCCCCCAUUCCUCCCAGUGGCUCCUACAAUUGGGAUCCAGAUAAUUUUGAGAACAUUGACCCCUUCAAUACUGGAGGUAGUAAAAUUGCCAAUUCCCCUGUCCUGGGUCGUAAAGGUCCUGUGUGUGCCCCCAUAGCUACGGCCCCAGAGAGCCCUGUCUCUGCUGUGGAACCACAUCACCCCACUCCCCCAGCUCCUCUUGAAGAGCCAACUACCAACCCUGAGGAGCAACCCAUCAUACCCAAACGUCAGUCAGUAAGGCUGGAGUUUGACUACUCUGAGGAGAACAGUGAGGCGGCGCACCCAGCCUCUCCUCCUCCCAAGAAACUGGGCAAGAAACCAGGUGCCAAGAUGCCUCUGAGGAAACCAAAGCUGGGGCUGAAGAAGGCCCCUCCAGCGCAAACCGAGCAGCUGGACAACAAGCCUCCAGCAACCCACAAUGGCAACGAGGACGAAAUCCCUACUCCUAAUGUUUCUUACAACUUUGAACCGGAUAAAUGGGAAGAUCCGAAUUUCAAUCCAUUUUCAUCGAAGAAAAGCAUUGCCAACUCUCCCAAACUACACAGAGCCUCUUAUAAGUUUGACCCUGAUAAUUUUGAUGACUCCAUAGACCCUUUCAAAUCCUCCAAUAGCAUAGCUAUUUCCCCUCCGAAGGCCUCUGCCUCCUUUGAAAUGCCAUCCAAUGACUAUGAUGUUGAAAAUGACAAUGACAAUAUUGGGGAACUGGAGGACCAAAAUCAGAACAAACCUGCCAAGAAGAAGAAAACUCCAAUCAAAUCUAACACUUUCAGAGUGAAGAGAUCACCAAAGAAAUCACCGUUGUCUGACACAUCCCAGGAGCCUACGCCUGCAGAUGAACCCUCCUCCCUUCAUCCACAGGAUGACCACGCCACAGACGAAGAGAAGCUUGCCUCCUCCACCAGUCAUAAGUGGGCGACCAUGCAAGACAUGGAUGCAGAUUUGAAUUCUGACCAACAGGACUUCCCUCACCCAUCUGAUCUUACGUCCUUCGUUAAUGAGAACAGUCUUCCUUUUCAGGCCCCAGUGCAAGAUUAUGAAAUUGAAUACAUGGAGAAGAUUGGCUCCUCUUCACCUCCACUGUCUGUGAAGAAGCCAUCUUUGUACUUGAACUUGGACUCAGUAUCUGACAGCUUAACCAAUAAUUCGUGUGCACAUGGAUCUGAACCCAGCUCCCCCUGCACUGGGAGUUUUGAGGAGAUGGAGGCCAAGAUAACAGCGGAUGUGAAGACUCCUGUGCUGAGUUCCCGGCCUGGUCCCGAGGGCUCUGCUGGGGACAAGGGCAGGAAGAGAGAAAGUGAGGCACUUAGCCGAACACAGAGCACAGAGAGGGAAGAGCAGCCCCCUUCAAUUGGCCCUGUGGAGGCCCUUGCUCCAGCCCUGGCCAUACCCCUAUUAGAGAGGCUGUCUGAGUGUGACGACCCUCUGCAGUACCUGGAGCCUGACCUCGCUGAGACCAACCCCACUGCAUUCGCCCAAAAAUUACAGGAGGAGCUGGUGCUUGCCGCCCUGAGGAUAGAGGCUCUGCAGGUAGCCAAAAGCAUCUCUCAGUGCCCUUCCCUCUCCAAUGUAACCCCCCAGCAGAGGGACUUGUCAUCUCCAGUAGAGAGUGCUGUGUCCAAAACUUCGCUCUAUGCCAGGACCACCACCAGCUACAUCGAAGGGGAGAGCCCCCAUCUCCCCAGAGAGCUGGACCACUCACUGGAAAUUGCACGAGAGGAGAUCGUGACAAAAGAAAAAGAGGUGCUGGACUGGCGGAGGAAGUAUGAAGACAGUCGACAGGAAGUGGUGGAGAUGAGGAGAAUUGUUGCUGAGUAUGAGAAGACGAUUGCACAGAUGAUAGAGGAUGACCAGAAAGAGAAGUCACUCUCCCAUCACACCAUCCAGCAGCUGAUCAUGGAGAAGGACCAGGCCUUAGCCGACCUCAACUCUGUGGAAAAGUCUCUGGCCGAUCUCUUCCGACGUUAUGAGAAGAUGAAAGAUGUACUGGAGGGCUUUCGCAAGAAUGAAGAGGUUCUGAAAAAGUGCGCUCAAGAGUAUCUAUCCAGAGUCCGGAAGGAGGAGCAGCGCUAUCAAGCCCUGAAGAUUCACGCAGAGGAGAAACUUGACAAGGCCAAUUCAGACAUAGCUCAAGUGCGGGCCAAGGCCAAGCAGGAGCAGGCUGCCCACCAGGCCAGUCUGAGGAAGGAGCAGAUGAAGGUGGACUCUUUGGAGCGCACAUUGGAGCAAAAGAACAAAGAGAUAGAGGAGCUGACAAAGAUCUGCGAUGAACUGAUCGCCAAGAUGGGGAGGAGUUAGCAGCAACGCCCCAUACAGGCCAACUCUCACACAGAAGAGGAGCGGUUGUGGGGGAGAAAAAACUACUCUGAUCAGAACUAUUUUACCAUUCUUCCAAGGACUGAUGGACAUUUAAGGCCAAAGUGGUCUUGGGGGAUAUAUUUCCUACUGACUUUGUGUAUACAGGAUGCACAGAAAUGGCUUCCUCUUAAUCACUCUGUACAUUUUUGAUGUGUCAGUGUAUCGUACUGUAUCAGGGGUCUGGUUUAAAGUUUUAGAAAAUGUACCAUAUCAUUAAUGAGUGUGUCUGCGUGCGUGUGUGUGAGCGUGUAUGAUAAUGAGAAAGUGUGAGCAUUUGUUUGUGGGUUAAAUUAACUAUAAUGAUGUUGCCAUGACAGCCACUGAGGGAGAAGACUGUUUACCCACUCCUGUUGUUGUCUCCUCUUAAUAUGAGAGAAAGAUAGAUUUUGAAAAAGAGUACCAGAGACUAAGAUUCAUUCAUAAAAUGUUGAUACACCACUAAAAUAAUACAAACUAUCACAAUAGCUUAUUGCAUGUGAGAGGGGAAGAAAAUCUUGUAUUAUUAAUGUUUGUGUAGGAAAUUCCAAGAAUGAAAAAAGACUCAUCUGCAUUUUUGAGUUACUCAGACAUUUUCAACCUGCUUCCCUCAUGUAACCUUGUAGAUAUUUGUCAUACUUGUCAUAGCUUUCUCGAUGAAAUCGUGGGACUUUAUUUUUUGGAUUUUAUUUUGAUAUAAAGCAAAGUAAUUGUCACUGUAUUCAGUUGUGACUGGGGGUAAUUUAAUUUUUGGAUGGAUUUGUUCUAGUCCUGCUAUGGUCGUUGUGUCACACUGAGGAAUAACUUCUCUGCACAGCUACUGUACAGCAUCUGCUUACAAAGUGCAAUAAAAGAUGGCAAUACAG